AUGCCAAACGAGACUACAGGCAGAAGCCCCGCAGAGUUAAUGUUUGGUCGUCGACUGCGUAUACGAUUGGAUUUAUUGCAUGGAUCUAUUGAGCCAAAAGUUUCGGAAAAACAACAACGAGUGAAAGAUCGUUUUGCUACUUGCAGCAGAGACAAGCAUGUGACAGCUUUAGAUCCCAUCUACAUCCGCCUACCUACAGGCUCGGGGUGGGAGCCAGCCGUCGUUAAAACAACUAACGGACAGAUAAUAGAAGCAGAGACUGAGGAUGGCGGGAUCGUUCGACGCCAUUUAGAUCAUGUGCGACCGAAAUUGUCCGACACAGAAAAAGUUGCCAAGACAGAGCAGCCAGCUCAAGCAUCGAACGACAUGCACGUGCGCGAAGCCCAACCGGUAGUUGAGUUACAAUUGCGGCGCUCUGAGCGCCGACGCCGACCGGUAGAUCGUUUCCAAGCCGGACAGCUCCAACUGAAGUGGGGAAAAGUGAUACAGACGUUGAGCGCUUCAAGGUCAUCCUACACUACCUAG